AUGGAUUCGAAAGUGUGUGUGCAGCGGCAAUCAGUCUGCGGCUCCUUGGAGCCAACACUCUUUACCCGAACUCAGCCACUGAUAGUUUCGUAUUUGUGUUUCGAAGGAAAACGAGGAGGCGCAUGGUUUCAAAUUUUGCGGGGCGCGAGAAGAACUUUUGUUUCUGUGCGUAAUAACUCUCGGUGGCGUAAAAGAAAAGCAAAGAGCGUUCAAGAACGAAAAAGGGGCGGAGUCUGA